CCUGACCAACAAUGACAAGCUCGACCUUGGGGCUUGUUCUCCUUGUUUGUUGCGGCUUAUUGGUUGCCACAGCCCUUGGUCGUGCUUUUUCCGAGAAACGAUGGGGGCACGAGUUCUACGGCGAUAGAGAUGAUACGUCCGAGACUGGGUUCACCAUGUCGGCGUACUGUCGCAACAGCAAGGCCGGCGGGUGGCCGGCGUGGGUGCCCAAUCAGCGCUGGAAUCGCUACAUGGAGCGAGAGAAGGCGGGAAACGGCAACUACUUGAUGGGCAUGAACGAUCUUUACGAGGAAGGCAUUUACCAGUGGACUUACCGCGGCAUCAACGGUCUCGCGUACACGUACCUCAACUGGGCUCCGAAUGAGCCUAACAACUACUUUCCCGGCGAGGACUUUAUUCAGCUUCUCGACGACUUUGCCUACAGGUGGAACGACAUUUUUACGAACGACAACGGUCGCAUCUUCUGCAUCCGUAUCGAUCCCAGUGUGGACCUGAUCCAGGACUUUAAGCCCUUUCAGCACCAGAACGUUCUCUACACCCACCCGGAAGACAACGUCGAGCCGGUGCUUGUGCGAGCAACGUACGUCACGCCAUCGUUCACUGCCCUGCUCUCCUUUGGCAUCGGCGACUGCGACGCUGGCAACCGCUACGGCGUCAUGCCGUUCCGCUCGUCUUACUUUUGGAUUGAGACGCCCAUCGAGGAGACUGUUGUUGGUACGGGGCGCAAGAUCUGCGUCUCGAACGACUUUGGCGUCAACUGGUACGAAGGCAACCUCGAUACAACGAUCGAGCUCGGCCGGCCGUGGCCGACCACGUUUGGUGCUCUCUCGCCCACGGUCAUCGGUUUCAACGGCGGGCCUGGCUCGCUGACGCUGACCGCGAACAACCCGGCGUACCUUACGCCGUCGACAGAGAUUGCGUUUGUGGACGUCGAAGCUUUUGCUGCCGACUGCCCAGGCUACGUGCAUCCUUCAUCAGGCAAUUGCUACUGGAUCCCAGAGCCGGUGGUCAAGGAUCUCGAUGAGAUUGCAGAGACGUGCGGCCUUCAGGGCGGUGUAGUGUGGAGCCCGACUACGCCGCAGGAGUAUGUCGACAUUUUCAACCACUUUCAGCCGUGGGUUGGCGCAAGCUCGCAGUUUGGAUAUCCGCCGUCGAACAACAUCUGGCUCGGCAUGCGCGUUCUCUACAAUCCCAUGGUCGGGGCUGACAAGCCCGCUUUGGCAUCGUGGCACUCCCGGCUCAUCCCGGGCUUGGCCGGUAUGUUCGACGACUGGGCGCCAAGCGAGCCUGACGACAGCAGCGAGAUUUACGUCCAGGUUGACGAGGACGACCCCAACGGGCCAUGGAAAACGAGAAGCACCCGGAAUGCGAAGUGGAUGUAUGCAUGCAUGCGUACUCGCAAGCGCUCCAUCUGCGACUUUAACCGCAUCGGUGCCGCUGCUGCGUCGGCCAGCUCUGUCUCGUUUGCCGCCACGCGGACCGCCCUCGACCUGGCCACCGAGGCAAAGGGUAGGACGACGACUUACGCCGUUUGCGCGCGGACCGCACGUCCACACUGGGUCCACCAGAUGCUCUCCCUCACCCACGUCCUCGUCACUCCGACCUCGAUCACCGCCAUGACGCCCAGGACCGUCGGUGCCGGCGUGACCUUUACCGCCACCUUUGCCGUCGCCCCGGGCCACCGCAUUCACUCGCCGACGUCGCGCUUUUCGUUUGCGACAAACUGCCUCAACGGUUCGCCGCAGUACGAGGCUGCGUACGACUCGGAGAGCGGCCGCUACACCGGCGUCUCUAUUCCGACCUUUGGUACCUACAAGCUCUGCGUCUGGCCAUCCAGCAGCGCGUCUCGAGUUGAGAUGGCCGGCAUCCAGCUGGUUGUCGCCCCGAGCGGUGUCAACGCCAUUGCCUCGGUCUCGCCGCCGACUAUCGCUGCCGGUGCUCCGGCCCGGUUUGUCUUUUCCGGUGCCCAGGUGACCGACACCGGCACCCGUCUUGCGCUCGUCGCCAGCGGAGCACCGUCAUGUGUCGUGGAUAACCAUGUUGCACCGGCUGUGCCGUACUCUGCGACUGGGUCUGUCCUCGUGGCGCCAUCACUUGCGGCGGGCGCGUAUCACGUGUGCUACUCGGUCGAUGGCGGUGUGUCGUUUGCGCGCCAGACGGGCCCGGUCAUCACUGUGGUCGACGUCACUUCAUCCACCAUCUCGUCAUUCUCGCCGCAAAGCGCGUACGCCGACGAUGCUGGUGUCUUUCUUGAGCUCAACGGCCUGUCGAGCGUGCUCUCUGGACAGGUCGGGCUCUCGACAGUGGCCAACUGCUCAAACCCGCCUUCUACUGCCACCAUCUCCAACGCGGUGGUGGUCAACGGGCGCGGGAUGGCGUCGAUAUCGCUCAACAGCGGCGUGCCUGCGGGUCAGUACUACCUCUGUCUUGCAUCGGCGGCCAAGCCGGGGACGUGGGUGGGACAGGCUAGCGGCGCAGCGUUCGUGGUCUUCUCGCCGCCCAGUGCGAUCUCUGUGACGCUGGACUCGCCGCCAGCGGUGCUCGGCAACUCGUUGAGCUCGUAUGUGGUGAGCUUCACGGCCGACGAUGAACUGCCGGGCGCCAAGGUGGCCAUCUCACCCUACGCCUCGUGCCAGGACCGCAAGGUCGAGGUGGCGCUUGCCGAUGGCUCGAUCGACCUCGCGCUCAGCGUCGACUACGGCGAGCCGGCGGCGCAGCUCUCCAAGAACUACCACGUCUGCUACACAGCCGAGGGCACGCGUUGGGGCUCGACGGGGCAAACGAUCCAGUACGCGAUCGACUCGCCGAAUGCGAUGACCGAUCUGGUACCGUCGACGGUGCUGAACGGGACGCAGCCGCUCAUGACCUUUGGGUCGCUGCAGCAGACGUCGGUGCCGUCACAGGUCCAAGUGGCGCUCCUGCAUCCAGACGCCAAUCAGGACUGUGGGCAGACGGGCUUCCACAUCGGGACGGUUGAUGUGCAGGCCAAGAACCAGGAGCUUCUGGUGAGCGAGGCGCUCGCCGAGCCUGGUGUGUUCGAUGUCUGCCUCACAGUCAACGGCGGAGCGACAUGGACGCGGCAACUUCGAUCGCAAGUGUCUGUGGUGAACGAGCCGCUGGCGCUGUCGAUCGAGUCUGCCACGCCGCAGAUUGUGGCGUCUGGUGUGCCCGGUCUCGCGUUCGACAUUGUGACCGAUGCCCGCGACGGGACGACACAGCUUGCAAUGGCCAAGUCUGGAGCGUGUGUUUCGGGGCGGAUUGGCGAAGUGGCGUACACCACCGGUUCGCCGUCGCCGCCACCGUUCACGGCGCCGACGGGGCUGGACAAGGGCAGGUACCAGUUCUGCUUCUACAAGCCUAUUCUUCUCGCCGAAUGGGUGGCGCAGAUCGCAGUCAGUGCGGAGGUCACGGUCGUGUCGUCGACGGAGGCGCUGAUUCUGUCGUCGCUCGAGCCUGCGUUCCUUGGCUCGGGCAUGACGAGUGACCUCGUGCCGUCGGGGACGUCGAACCUCAUCGGGGCGUCGUCGACCAAGGUGGCGGUCAUUCCGGUUGCCGACUCGUGCGGCUCGGUGCCGGUCGCGAGCGAGCGUGAGUUUGGAUACGGCAACACGACGAUCCGUGGGUAUGUCGGCGAUCCGACACCGGGCAUGUACAAGGUGUGCACGCAGAUGGAUGCCACGACGGCGUGGGUGGAGAAUCCUGCGGCAACGUUUACGGUUGUCGGGCCGAGUGCAGACCGGUUUGUGACGCCGGUGCCAAACGUGAUGGGUGCCAAGACGCGGCCGACGAUCACGCUGACGGGCAACGGAGCUUACCACGCCAAGGGCGCGUCGGUGGGGCUCUCGACCUCGGCGAGCUGCGCGAGCGUGGAUGCGUCGGUGGAUCUCAGCACCGACCUUGGGGCAACCGUGGCUAUCACGGUGGACCGCGACUACGCGUCGGGCCCGCUGUAUGUGUGCUACUCAACAGACGGCAAGGCAAGCUACACGGCGCAGAGCGCAACGAUCGAUGUGGUGACGAUUGACACAAACACGCUGACGUCGGUGGACCGGCGAUACCACCCUGCAGACAAGAGCGGGCUGACGAUGACGUUUAGCACGUUUACGCCUGUGACGACGGGCGCGAUCGCGUUUGCGGCGGCAGGCAAAAGCUGCCUUAUUCUGGGUGACCGCGAGGCUGUGACGGACAUGACGGCGACAGGACCGGUGACGCUGUCUGCGCCGCUGGCAUUGGGAGCGUACUCGACGUGCUACACGGUCAAUCGUGGGGCGCCGUCCGAGGAGUGGACGCAGCAGUCGUCGGUGACGCUCACGGUGCAAGCUGGAAGCAGCACGACAGUGACAGGCCUGGUGCCGGCGGAGGUGCCGUCCGGAGUGGACGACUUUGUGCUAACGGUAUCGUCGUCGAUUGUGCUGAUGAGCGGCGUCGAGCUCGGGUUUACGCUCACUGCCGGCGACUGCUCGUCCCCGCAGGUUGUGACGCUCAUCAACAACGGGUCGCAGACCGAGUACGUGCUUGGCGGCGGGAGCGGCGGAUUCACGAGCGCAGGCGUGUACUACGCGUGCGUGCGAGUCGACUCGGACGUGCCGACGUGGCUGGCGCAGACGGGGGUGUCUGUGCAGGCGAUUGCUGCGACGGCGACGACGGUGACGAGCCUGUCGCCGCUUGUGGUACCUGUCGGCGUGAACCCGGUGUUUGCGAUGACCGGCUCCAACAUCAAGCCGUCUGCUGCGACGCGGGUGUUCUUCUCGUCGUCGGCGUCGUGCACGCCCGAGCUGGGUGUGAUUCCGAUUGUGAGCGGGACCGAGACGCAGUGGACGUCGGCGAUCAACACACCGGGCAACUACACGGUGUGCUAUGGGGUGCACGCGACGCAGGUUGUGGCGCAGACAAGCGUGGGCAAGCUGGUGGUGCGCGGUGCGACUGACGCGAUUGAUCAUGUCGACCCGCGCGUUGUGGGCGUGGGCUCCAAGCCGACGUUUGCGCUGUCGGGAGUGUACUUUGAGUCGUCGUCGUUGAUGUCGCUGGUGCCUGUGGGCGUCGGGUGUGGAGCCGGGGCCGGGACGUACGUGGAUGUGCCGUGGACUGGGCCAACGAUCGCCGCGGCGAGCGCGAUGCCUGCAGCAGGCGACUAUGUGGCGUGCUACUCGUGGGACGGCAGCCGUGGCGGGCUUGUUCAGCAGGAUGGACCGCUUGUGCGUGUGGUGGACGUGACUGCGAACGAUGUGGUGGAUGUGAACCCGAAGCUGUUUGGCACGACCAAGCCGCCGCCGCUGACGAUCAGCCUCAACACUGGGGUGGAGAUCUCUGCGACGACGUGGUUCGCACUUGUUGCGCAGGGCGUGGCAUGCGAUUCCGAGAACGUGGACGGCGCUGUCCUGCUCAGCCUAGGCACGACGAUGUUCAACCUGGGGCCGUUUAACUCGCCAUCGGGGCCGUACGAGGUUUGCUUGUCUGUGGAUGGCGGGCUGAGCUACGUCAAGCAGGCUGGGCUCAAUGUGACGGCGCUCUCUGCGCAGCCGACAACGAUUACGUCGCUGAGCAUUGACGGAGGCGAAGAGGCUGGAACGACGGUGAUCGAGACUGGGGUUCGGACAGUAGUUGUGGUGAGGGGCGCGACGGCGUCGGUCAACACCAAGAUCGGGUUUGACCGCGUGUCGGGCGGGUGCCAGGUGCCGAACAACGUGCUGUACGCGCGCGACUACAACGAGGCUGGGCCUGGCGAGCUUGCGUAUUUUAACGUGACGUUUGCCAACGCUGGUGAGUACGUGUUGUGCCUGUCUGUGGACAGUGGCGACAACUACGUGAUGCAGAGCCUUGCCGAGACGCGUGUGCAGGUGAUUGUGUGUGCCGCGCAGACAUCGUGCGGCGCGUGUGCGUCGAUCUGCUCGUGGUGCCUCGAGGAGUCAAGCUGUGUGUCGCGUGUGGGGAUCGGCGGCGGGGCGUGUGCCAACACGACGACGGUGAUUCCCGGGCUGAGCGGCGAGAACCGGGCGUGUCCGACGGGCACGCCGUCUGCGUCAUCGGGCUCGAUGCAGGGCGGGACCGAGGUUGUGUUUUCGGGCGGCCCGUUCCUGCCGGGCACAUCGUGCCUUUGGGAUCGCGGUGCCGGACAGCCGUUAGUGACAACCGCCGGAGUAGCAGCUGCGGAUCGAUCGUUGCUAACAUGUGUGUCGCCAGCUUCUCUAGUGGCCAGCACCGGAUCGCUUACCCUUCAGUACCUUGACCAAGAGUACCUUGCGGCUGUGCCGUUCGAGUACUACUCGUGCCUGCUCCGGGACACGUGCUCCGAGUGCUGGGAGGCAGCGCGGCCCGAGUGCGGGUGGUGCGUGGACACGCAGCAGUGCACGAUUGCGUCGUCGUGCGUGAACCCGAACGCGACGGCGCCGUCCGAGACGCCGCUGUUUGGCGGGCAGAGCUGCCCGUCUGUGGACGCGAUUGCGCCGCUCAACGGGCUUACAUCGGGUGGUGAGACGGUGACGGUGACCGGCGUGCUGUUCACCAACUACUCGCGGCUGAUGUGUGCGUUUGACGGAGUGCCGGUCAACGAGACGGUGUAUGUGUCCGAGAGCGAGCUGCAGUGUUCGACGCCGCAGCGCGGGGCCGGUGGCGCGCAGUUUACGGUGGUGGCGCCGUGGGGCCGGUUUGACGAGACGACGCUGUUCUUUGUGUUUGAGCAGCCUGCGGCGGUGCCCAAGCCGCCGGAGCCGCCGCUGGGCACGAGCUCGAUUGUCGGCAUUGCGGUUGCGGGAGCUGUUUGCUGCCUGCUGAUUGUGCUCCUCGGGAUCCUUGUGUACAAGCGGAAACGCGAGGAGGAGCUGUACGGGCCGCCGGAGCUGACGGACGAUCUGCGGCAUUCUGUGGUGUUUGGCUCGUUUGGAUCGAAGAAGCCGCUCGACUUUGACGCGAUCGUCGCCAAGUCGGGCCCGCUGCUGGAGAUGCUGCUGCUGCCGGGCUACGAGGUGCUUCACGCCGUGGUGGACGUGACGCAGGCGACGGAGGCGGACAAGGCGCACAAGCUGUCUGUGGACCUGCAGAAGGACUUUAUCACGCGGGAGGUGUUUGGAGCGCAGUCGCAGGCGACGAUGUUCCGGACCAACUCGUUUGCGACCAAGAUGUUCAAGACGUACUCGAAGAUGCAGGGCCUGGACUACGUGCACGCGACGAUUGGGCGGCCGCUGAACAAGAUCAUCCACGAUCUGGAGCUCGAGGAGCAGAAGAAGGCCAAGGGCGAGGCGCAGGACGAGACGAACAAGUUCGGGCUGCUUAACAAGUGCCAGCGGAUGUUCAACACGAUUGUGGAGUCUGAGCGGUACCUGCCCGUGGCGUUCCGCGAGCUGUUUGCUCAUGUGCAGGCGUGUAUGUCUGAGCGGUUCCCGGUGUCGACGGAGAACCUUGCAGCGAUUGUGGCGGAGAACCUGCACGGCAAUCUGAAGGAGACCAAGUCUGCGUACGUCAACGGGUCCGAGGUCUUCCACGAGAUCGAGAACCUGGAGCCGCUGCUGACGUCCGACCUGGCGUCGAUCGGAGUGGCGAUCAACCCGAUGCGGGAGGGGCUCGACAUGUUCAACGACGCAAUCCUGGAGCUGACGGACAAGCUCGACCAGAUGGUGGACGCGUGCGACAACCUGCAGGGAGCGCUGGACCCGACGUCGCAGGCCGCGCGGCGGCUGCUUGAGGAGCACACGCAGCAGCAGAACUCGAUUGCGGUUGGUGGGUUCUUCUUCCUCCGUUUCAUGGUGCCGUGCAUCACGGCGCCCGAGUCGUACGGGCUGGUGAAGGAGCUGCCGACGCCGACGGAGCGGAAGCUGCUUGUGCUGAUCGGCAAGGUGCUGCAGAACCUGUCGAACAAGAAGGAGUUUGGCAACAAGGAGAAGAAAAUGCUUCAGUUCAACGACUUUAUCGUGUCGAACGAACGCGUGAUGGCGGAGCUGUUCGACAAGCUCUCGACGGUGCCGGAGCGCGUGGAGGGCGUGGCGGUGACGUUCUCGGAGGUUCCGGAGAAGUACCGCGACGCGGCGAUUUGCACGCUGUACCAGCACAUCGAGCGGCUGCUGCCCAAGGUUGUGGCGCGGCUGACGGACGCAGAGCUUUGCGACGACGAGCCGACGCGAGUGAUGCGGGAGCAGAUGGCUCGAAUGCUCGCGAUGCUCUACGGGCGUGCGGAUCUCGCAGGCGAUGAGAAACAGGCAACCGUGCAGCGGACGGCGCACCUCAACUCGGAGGACGACUCGUCGUCGUCGAGCUCGACGGACUCGUCGGACUCGUUUGCAAUGCCGGCGGGAGCAAUUGUGGAGAAGGAGCUGUAG